AUGAAUGUUGAUAAACUAGUAUCCGAUUUGAAUGAAUUAGAUGACAGUUUUAAUGAGGAAAAUAAUUUAGAUGAAUUUUUUUCUUCGUCAAAUAUAAAACUGGACAAUGAAAGGGGCUCAAAUAUAGCGAAUAAAGGUACUAAUUAUUACUCGAUUUUUAAUAUAAAAAACGAAUACAAAGGCGUUGAAAUAAAUGCCGAAAAAAUACAAAUAGAUAUAAUAAAAAGAUUAAUUUUUUUAUUAAAACUAUAUAAAAAUAAAAGAACAAGUUGUGAAAUUAUAAAACAUAUUUUUGAAUGUUUAUAUAUAAGUUUUGAGAGUAAAAAUGAUAUGAUAAAAAAUGCAUCAGACGAAACUGUUUUAUAUACAUAUAAAGAAUACUUAUUAAAAAAUAAAUUUAUUAUUUUAAAAAUAAUAAGAAAAAUUAAAAAUAAACAUUUAUAUCCAGAUAUAAAACAAAUCAUAAAGGAUGUAACUAGGGAUAUAUUUACAUUUAACAGUAUUAUAUAUAAUGGAAGCUUAGGAUUUGAGAGAAUAACUUAUUUAUUAUAUAAAUUAUUGAAUAAAAAUUUCAAGUGUAAAUUUAAAAAUUUUUUAUUAACAUUUUUUUUAUUUAGUAUAAUGAGUAGAACAAACAAUAGUGUUGAUAUAUUAUAUAUAUUAGAGUAUUAUUAUAAAAAUGAUAAUUUUUCUUUUAUAAUUCCAGACACAUCAUUCAUUUCACCUUGUGAUCUAACUGUUUGUAAUGAUUUAAUUGUUCUAAAUACUAAUAUAAGAUAUUAUAUAAAUAUAGAAGAUGAUGACACUAAUAAUAUAUCCUAUAAUUGUUAUAAUAUUAUAUAUAUUCAAGAAUCAUUAAUAAGUCAUAAUUUUUACCUUUACAUUUAUAAAACUCUUUUAAAACAAGAAAAAUAUUACUAUCUAUUUAAUAAUAAAAAUAUAAUAGGUAACGAUUUUGACUUUUUUAAUAUUAAUUCAAAUAUUUCGAAAUUGAAGUCGCCAAAAUUAAAUUCGGAAUGUGUAGGAACAGAAAAUGCAGCUAAAAAAAUUGAACAAAUCAAUAAAACUUUAGAAAAUUUUACCUUACAUAAUGAAAUCGAAAAUAAUUUAUUUUACCAUAUCAAUUCUGAAAUUGACGAAGAAAUACUACCAAAUAACAUAUCGAAGGAUUUGGACUCUAUAGAUAUAUCGUCACAAUCGACAUAUAGUUAUAAUGAUAAUGAAAUGAAUAUUGAUAAAAUAAAUGCACAAAAUUGUUGGUAUAUGGAUUUAAAUGAUAAAAAAAAUUUUUUUUAUCAAUAUUUAAUUAUUGAAUUAAAUCAUUAA